UACAAGUGGAGGUCGGCUGGCACUCAGACGUGUUGUGAACGGCCGCCAUACUCCGCACAGCGCGGGAAAAUUUGACACAAGUCUAGGAAAACGCGCGCUUUUACCGGCAGCCAUGUUUGCUUUUAAGGUCCUCAUAUUCGCGACGAGCAUCCUCGCCAUCUCCUCUCAAGGCCACAACGGCCCCACCACUACACCAGUGCCGAUCCUCAAGCAGAUCAACCGGCAGAACGACGACGGGUCCUACAGCUACGGAUACGAAGCAGCUGAUGGCUCCUUCAAGAUCGAGACGAAGUACCCAAGCGGAGACGUGGCUGGGAAGUACGGUUAUGUAGACGAGAAUGGCAAGUUAAGGGAGAUCUCGUACGGUGCUAGCAGUCAAAGAGGAUUCGAGCCUGAAGGAGCAGGAAUCCAAGUUCCCCCACCGACUCUACACGACCCGUCCAACGCUCUCACUGACGGUCAGGAAGAUGACGGUCAAUACCGAGAGGAUCCCAAGAUCUACGAAGACCCCAAGUACAAUGGCAGAGCUGCACAAAGGCAACCAGCUCAAGCAGUCAGGCAAUACCACAGACCAGCCCAGCCAGCUCAGCCUGAACCAGAACCAGAAUACCAGCAGUACCAGUCCAGCUUCCAGGCUAGACCUCAGCCGCAAAGAGCCCAGUACCAAACUCAAACUAAUUUCCAGGACUACCAACCUCAGUCCAACUUCCAAUUCCCAUCUCAACCUCAACAAAACUUCCAACAGUACCAGCCUCAGACUUCUUCUCAGUUCAGAUCUGGACCUUUGUUCUCACAGCAGACCAGUUUGUUCAGCCAGGGUCCUCAACAGUUCCCUCAGGAGAAUAGGCCUCAGAGCCAGGUGUAUCACCAACAGCCCCAAUUCUCUUACCAGGCGUUUACCCCUCAGCCUUACUCUCAAUCCCAAACCCAGAAUUACCAACCUCAGAGCUACCAACCCCAACCCCAGCCACAGCCCCAACCCCAACCCCAAAACUAUCAAGGACAAAACUACAACCAGUUCGGAGGUCACCCUGCCCAGAACUUCGACCCCAGCACUGGAUCUUACACGAUUAACUUUACUGGUUAAUUUUUAGUAUUUCUUGAGAAAA